UCUAGUCAAGUUAGUUAGGCUUUGCAGUCGGUAACAAAACAGUUGAGCUUUCUUCCUCAUUCAGUCGUUUCCACUCGUUCAGCUGGGAACAGAUAAAUCGCAACCAUGACCAAGGACCCAAAUAAGCCGAGGGGUAAGACUUCAUCUUACGCGUUCUUUGUGGCAACCUGCCGCGAGGAGCACAAAAAGAAACACCCAGGGACCAGUGUGGGCUUCGCUGAGUUCUCCAAGAAAUGCUCUGAAAGAUGGAAGACCAUGUCAGCCAAGGAAAAGGUGAAGUUUGAAGAUAUGGCGAAGACCGACAAGGUCCGGUAUGACAGAGAGAUGAAAACAUACAUUCCUCCUAAGGGCGCCAAGAAGGGCAAGAAGAAGAAGGACCCCAACGCCCCAAAAAGGCCACCCUCUGCCUUCUUCGUCUUCUGCUCUGACCACCGCCCAAGGAUCAAGGAGGAGCACCCAGGUAUCUCCAUCGGUGACAUCGCCAAGAAGCUUGGCGAGCUGUGGUCCACACAGGGUUCUAAAGACAAGGCUCCUUAUGAGGCGAAGGCAGCCAAACUGAAGGAAAAAUACGAGAAGGAUGUCGCUGCCUACAGAGCUAAGAGUGGUAUGGGGAAGAGCGACGCUGGGAAGAAGGGUGGACCUGGCAGGCCCGCUGCCAAGAAAGCAGAACCAGUUGAUGAUGACGACGACGAUGAUGACGAUGACGAUGAGGAGGAAGACGAUGACGACGACGAUGAGGAUGAUGACUAAUUGGUUUAUGUGUUAAGGAUGUGAAGUUUGCAAUGCAUUGUUCAGCUAAACUCCUGUUUGUUUUUUGUGUGGAUGAUUCCAACAGUAUAGCCUGCUGUCCCUGUUGGUCUGCCUCUGUAGGAUCAGACCUAUAUUCCUUUUCAAAUUCAGGGAUUUAGUUUUUAUUUUCUCACUUAGUCCCCCCCUAUAAAGACAGUCUUUCUGCUAAACUGAUGGUUUGUCACAUCUUAGCGCCUCUUUGCUAUGUAAGUGGGCACUCUUAUGGAUUUUCUGUACCAAACUGAUAUUACAGUGGACUAAAAACAUCUGUGCAGGCAAUGUACAGCAGCAAAUCAGUCAAGUUUUAAAGAAUUUAUUUGUUUCUGGAAGCACUGCUUAUGUUCUGUUCAGUGGUGCUGUUUCUUCAGUCAUUUUACCACCGGGAUUUAUCUGUAGUUUAAAAUGUUUGCAGCCAUUUUUAAUGUGGAACUUUCAUGUAGAACGAAUUUUUUUUUGUAAUAAAAUUUUGUAUAUUGAUUAUAA